UUGUUUUCAGAAGAUGCCUCUGGAGACUACAAUGGCGAAGAUUUGAGUGAAUGCGGGCCCAAUGAACUGGAAGAUCGUUUCCGUUGUCUUGUUGGCGAGUGUGGGAAGCGUUUCAAGUGUAGCGCUGGAUUAAGGUUGCAUUCGCGGACUGUUCACGGCGUCGUUCUCCAAGAAAAUACUUCUACACAUGGUGGCUCAAACGGAUCGGGAGCUCUCUCAACUUCCCAGAAUCAUCCACCGCCAACAUCAGCAGUGUAUGCAGUAUCUCUCGAUGCUUUGUUGUCUAUUGAAGAGUUCCGCUUCAGGUCGAGGCCUUACAAAUGUCAUCAGUGCUCUAAACGUUACAAAACUACAGCUGGGUUGUCUAACCAUAUCGAACAGUCACACAAGAAGCAAGCAGGAUGCCGCACGCCUUCAUCUACUGACUCCGCUCCUGCAUCUCCAUCACCAGCUGUGUUGGACCAGUUAAUCUCCCAAGCUAGGGCACAUGGGCAAGCGGCUCAGGAGCAGCAGCGAGCUAUGCAGCGUCCUCUACCGGUGCAGGUCGCAAGUGCUACGAACCAUCAGUAUAGUCAGGUAAUUUAA